AUGGCCGACGACGACCGCACCCCCGCCGCCGCCGCCGCCGCCGCCAAAAGCAGCCAGCAGCCUCCGGGCUCGCGACAAGGCAGCUCCCACGGCGCCGAUACGCCCACGGCCGCCGCAGAGUCGGCGCGCAGGCGUCUCCCCAGCGCCGCGCUGCCCACCAGCUAUGGCUCCAUCACAUCCUCCAUCGACCGCCGCCUGCAAGCUGCCGCGCCCUCGGACCAGCCGGGCUCCAAGCCCAAGAAGCCGCCCAUAAGCCGCCGCGCCACCUCGUCCAAAUUCCCCCACAAGGGCCAGGAGUUCAGUGUCGACGACGACGUCCACGAGGUCCAGGCCGAGACGGAGCAGCAGCUCAAGGGCACCAAAGACCAGAAGCGCCAAGGCCAGACGUUGCGCCGCAAGCCCUCCAACGUCCGUCGCCCAACCGGUGCUGCCCGCGGCCCAACCCUCACCACCAUCGAAUCCACCGACGACGAUGCCACAGAGCAAGAAGCCGCCGGACUGCCGACAGAUCCAGAAGCACAGCCCGCUAGCUCAGAAGAAGAGACGGUGCGUGCUGAAGAGGACGACAGCGCUGCAGGCGACAACCGCCAUGGCGACGGCGACGGCGUUGGCGAAGGCGACGGCGACGACGACGACGACGAUGACGACGACGACGACGCCGACCUGAGCGACGCCGAGAGCUUUACCCUCAAGGACCGCCAAGAUGCCAUCAACGUCACCCAUCCCUUCGGCAUCAGGAUCUGGAAACCGGCCUUGUACAAAAAGGGCCGUUCAGUCCAGCGAAAUGCCGAAGCCGACAUUCACUCAAACCCAGGCUUGUUCGUGAGCAGGUGGCUGCUCCUCUUCAACAUCGCCUGGACCCUGGUCUUUGGCUGGUGGCUGUCCAUCAUCGUAGCCGCUGGCGCCCUGCUCUGUGCUCUGCUCUCCUUCGACGAAAGCUGCAAAGAGUACUCGCUGUUGCUCUACCACCUUGCUGUCUACAUCUUCUACCCCUUUGGAAAGUACGUCAAACUUCUUCAGGACGACCAGUAUCUAGAAGAAGACGAAGGGGAAGGCCGCAGUAUCAGCGAGUAUGAACAGUGGCAGAGCGGCGACAUUGAGGAAGGUCGCCUCUUCUUCGGUCCCACAGCUGGCCUUUCCUCCAUCGUCGGCCGUCGGCGCAACAGCAUCGACUCGACUGGCGGUGAGACCACAAGCCUGCUGGGUCGAGACGGCCGCGCCAACCUCGUGCACACGGACACUGCCAAACCCAAGAACCGAUUCUUUGGACGUGGAAAGUGGAAUCUGGGCCGUGUCGUCUUCUUCUUCUACUUCUACGGCAUCGUCACCCCGGCCUUCUUCCUCGUGUCCGGCCUCUGUUGGUUCCUGGUCUUCUCCAUCCCAAUGGGCAAAGUCAUGCUUCUUCUGUUCGACCAUCUGCGCCGCCACCCCCUCGCGCUUUCUUUCCACUCGGACAAUGGCAACGUUCGUCGCCCUGGUGAGUCAUCCUCAAUCUUGUUGUGCACCUAUCGUGCUGUGGGCAUCAAGUACUGGAAGUACACCAUUGACGGCACCAACAUUUUCCUCAUCAACCUACUUGGAUUGGUAGCCUUCACAAUCUUCGACUACUUUGUGCUGGCUGAGGCGCUAGGCUACAAGAUUUGGAUUACAGAUACUUUGUUGGUCUUCACGCUUGCACUGCUGUCCAUUAUCCCUCUGGCCUACUUCAUCGGUCAAGCGGUUGCCUCCAUCUCUGCUCAGUCUUCCAUGGGCGUUGGCGCAACCAUCAACGCCUUCUUUUCCACAGUCGUCGAAGUAUUCCUGUACUGCGUAGCUCUCAAGCAGGGUAAGGCGCAGCUUGUGGAGGGAAGCAUCAUCGGCAGCAUCUUUGCAGGCAUUCUUUUCCUACCAGGCUUGUCUAUGUGCUUCGGGGCUCUCAAGCGAAAGACGCAGCGUUUCAACGUAAAGUCCGCAGGAGUCACGUCAACCAUGCUGCUCUUUGCUGUCAUUGGCGCGUUUGGUCCUACGUUAUUCUACCAAAUCUAUGGUAGUCACGAGCUCAAUUGUCGUCAAUGCACGCGCGUCCAUCCUCAAAUGGGCCACGUUGAAACCACCUCUGAGAGGGAUUGCCGCAGGUGUUACUACUCACAGACACCAGCCCUGCAUGACCGCUUCUACAACGAAGCAGUAAAGCCAUACACAUGGUUCUCAGCAGCGUUGUUGUUCUUGUCAUACGUCGUUGGGUUGCUCUUCACUUUGCGUACACAUGCCGCCACGAUUUGGAGCAACGAGCCUGACGAGAAAGAAAAGAAGCCUUUUGACACGGUUGUGAACAGUCUUAGCAACAGCGGGCAUUUGGAAUUCCCCCACGCUACCAUGUCACGAACAGCGACCGGGCAGUCCGUAUCACGCGCUCAAAUCCGUGAUACUCAGUUAUACAAGCGCAUUGUUGGCCAGACACAACACGAGUUUGGUCUCGGGCCCGAAGAUCAGCCCAUAGCUGGUAGUCCAGCAAGCACCAAGAUGGAUGGCAACACUCCACAUCUGGUUCCGCCCAAGGAUAGCAAUGAGCACCCAACAUUCCAUGUUGAGGGUCUUACAGAUGAAGCAAGUGAUGCACUCGUGCGACACAUCACUGAGAUAGCAGCCACCACCACGGCUUUUGCCACGCGGGACGUCACUAGAGCCCCCCAUAAAGCCGCGCGAAUGGUCAGUACACCAAGUAAGGGUGACCGACCCCAUCAUCAUCGUACCACCACUACCGCGACCGAAAAUGCACCGGAAGAACAAGAAACAGCAGCUGGUCACACCUCGGGUGGCCACGAUGCCCCCAACUGGAGUCGACAGAAGAGUGCGGCGAUCCUACUCACUGCAACUGUUGCGUAUGCCAUCAUAGCUGAGAUUCUUGUCGACACUGUCGAUUCGGUAUUGGAGGGCUCAGACAUUGACGAGAAAUUCCUGGGGAUUACUCUCUUCGCCCUGGUGCCCAACACCACCGAGUUCCUCAACGCCAUAUCCUUUGCCAUGAACGGAAACAUUGCGCUGUCUAUGGAGAUUGGUUCAGCCUACGCCCUGCAGGUCUGUCUCCUGCAGAUCCCCGCACUCGUAUUCUACAGCGCCGUACAUGCUACCAACAUUCCUGCUGGCGAGAUUGCAAAGCAGACUUUCACACUCAUCUUUCCACAGUGGGACAUGGCAACAGUCAUCCUCUGCGUGUUCCUCCUCUCCUACAUGUACGGCGAGGGGAAGAGCAAUUACUUCAAAGGCUCUAUACUGAUCUUAUCUUAUCUCGUGGUUAUCAUUGGUUUCUACUUCGCCGGCUUCACUGACCUUGACCGGAUGGGCAUUGAUCCGGACGACCGGCUGGCCCUUGGUGGACUGGUUAAGCAAGAGGUCCAGUCGAUGACCUUUAAGACGAUGGGCAGAGGCAACAGCGGUAUUGCCUACUGA